GCCUGUGACUCUGAGAGGGGAUUGAUCUAGUGAUGGGGAAAUUGAUGGGUACGCGAACGCAAACAAACAUGUACAGACCUGAGUACCAUCCAUCGAAAAAUGGCAUCAUUCAUAUUCACCGGUUCCAAAGUUCUACUUCCCAAUUCUCAAGGUCUUCACCCUGCAGCGAUAAUCGUCAAUAGAAGUUCUGGCAAGAUUGAACAAUGGAUCGAUGCCAAAGAUAGUGUGGUACUACCUGGUCUAGUCGAUGCACACGUCCACCUCAACGAGCCUGGUCGUACGGAAUGGGAAGGAUUCUGGUCUGGUACCCGGGCGGCAGUUUCAGGAGGAAUAACCACUGUCGUCGACAUGCCCUUGAAUUCAAUACCUCCUACCGUAAGCGCUCCUGCCCUUCAAGUCAAACGCGAAGCCGCCAAGGGCCAAUGUUUUACUGACGUGGCAUUCUGGGGCGGAGUUAUACCAGCCAAUCAGGGUCAUCUCAUACCACUUGUAGAAGCAGGUGUCAAAGGCUUCAAGUGUUUUCUAAUCGAGAGCGGUGUAGAGGAGUUUCCAUGUGUAUCUGAAAGCGAUCUUCACGCAUCAAUGAGAUUGCUACAGGAUCUUCCGUCUACAACCCUGUUAUUCCAUGCAGAAUUAGAAGCAGAGCCGAGAUCGACGUCAGAGCCGAACUCCGACUGCACUUCUUACUCUACUUUUCUUCAAUCUCGACCCCAGCAACUGGAAAUCGACGCGAUAACUUUAAUUAUUAAUUUGCAAAAAUCUUACCCAUCAUUGCGGUGCCAUAUUGUCCAUCUAUCAGCUGCAUCUGCACUUCCAAUCAUCAAGGCUGCGAGAGCCUCCGGUGCGAAACUCACAGUGGAGACCUGUUUUCAUUAUCUAUGCCUGUCUUCAAACGACAUUCCGUCGGGACGUCCCGAAUUCAAAUGUUGCCCUCCAAUACGGGAACCAGGGAAUCGAGAUGCACUCUGGGCUGCUCUGAAAGAUGGAACGAUUGACUGCGUUGUUUCAGACCACAGCCCUUGUAUUGCUGAGUUGAAAUUGCUUGACAAAGGCGAUAUCAUGGGGGCUUGGGGAGGCAUAAGUUCACUUGGAAUAGGACUCAGUCUUCUCUGUACUGAAGGACGCAAGCGGGGUGUCACUCUUGACGAUAUCAUACGAUGGACCAGUGUGAAUACCGCGAAACAUGCUGGGCUGGAUCAUGUCAAAGGUAAGCUCGCGAAAGGUUACGACGCGGACAUUGUGUUCUGGAAUCCGGAUGUGGAAACGGAGAUAACUGAAGAUAGUCUGAAUUUCAAGAACAAAGUGUCGCCAUAUGUUGGCAUGAAGCUGCAGGGUCGAGUGGAAAAGACUUUCCUUCGUGGCUCGCUUGCGUACGACUGGCGAAAUGGAGUCGGAACUCCCGACUUUAUUGCCACUGGAACGCUAAUCUAAACCUAAAUUACUAGAGAACCGGCAGCGGGACUUCAUCAAACCAAGAGAUCUUGACGGUACCAGUAGCUGCUGCGCAACUGUACACAUUAAUGACGAUCACCUUGCGUUUCUUGCGCACUAACUGCA